GCCUUUUCAAUCAUACGCUAUGAUAUUCUAGCGCAAGAUCUACGAACAAGUAAAGCAACCAUGAUGCGAAUUUAUGAUCACAAAUGACCGAUUAUUUAUGUCCUCGAUUAGAAAUCGCGUGCUGUACACUUCUUUUUCAAAGGGCUCCACGGGAGAAAGACGGUAGCUAUUGGUAACCAAAUAAUUUCACCGAACACCAGCUGUGAACCAUAAGAGUUAAGAGUAAACAUGAUCACAAAGGAUACAACCAUCCGGAACUUUUUCUCCUUCUGCCACGUACAUGCUGUUAUUUCUUUACACAAAGCUUCAUCUCUGCUGGAAACGGAUAUCUCUGUAAUAAGUUUACUAAACUCAUCGACUGACAAGCGCAACAAGUGAGAAAAGCCUGAAACGAGCAACUGACUCGCAGGGCUCUCUGGGACUGCAAUGGCGGAUUAGAAGUACGAAAUUUUCUACUUAUUCUGCAGAAAGUGAUGGAGUUUUUUGCUGUUUCAGCGCAUGGAAUUGUACCAAGUAAACGUGCAUUUCAUUCUUGUUCUGUCGUAGGAAAUUUUCUGUAUAUUUUUGGAGGAAUUGCACCGGACAGAACUGUUUUAAAUGACAUGUACAUGUACAAUAUUUCUUCAAAUAUGUGGAGUCGGAUUGAGGACAGAGUACCGGGUAGUUCUCAAAGCAGACUUUUAGUUUCAUCAGGAUUUCCUAAGGGAAGACUUUGCACCGCACCGAGUGUCAGCCACCAUACAGCGACGGCUGUAAGGGGCCGGUUUAUUUUGAUAAUAGGUGGUUGGAAUGGACGGAAAAGGUGCGCUGAUGUGUUUUGUUUUGACACUGUUGAUCAAUUUUGGCGUCAUAUCCCUGAAACUGGAGACAUUCCUGUAGGAUUAAGCUCGCAUACGGCAACUUUAGUAUCUUCUAAAGAUAUUUUGAUAAUCGGACGUGAAGGAGGCGUUCACACGCAGCGUCGCUUCUCUGGUGCUUUUUAUUUAAACUUUGAAACAGGAAAAUAUUCUGAAGCACCAUUUCAUGCCAGCUCCAGGUCGGGUCAUACAGCAAAUCUUAUCCCCAUAAGAACUAGCGGGGAGAACCAUUUAUUUGUUUUUGGAGGUCGUAAGAGUGGAGGAUAUGAAUUAAUUGGCUCGUGGAGGAAAAUGGAACAAACUGAGACGUCGUUUCCCCAGCAGAGAAUCUCUGAAUUGCUCGGAAAGUCUGCCAUAUGCGACGAACCUAGUGGUCGACAGCACGCUAAAGCUGUAGAGCUGGGCAGUAAACAUUUGCUAAUUUUUGGUGGGGAGACCUGGAGUGGUGUAAGGGAGAAUGUAACAAAUGAGGCUUUCGUUUUAGAAACUGACACAAUGAAAUGGUAUAAGUUGCCCCUCGUAGGAGAUGCCCCAAAACUUGUUGGACAUUCCAUGGUAGGGUGUGGUGAAAAGAUUUUUGUGUUUGGAGGUGGGCUUUCCAGCAAAUAUUGUAAUACACUUUGGGAAGUUAAGAUUUAACAUCGCAAAUGCACUUAAAUUCACAUGUAAUGGUUGCAAAAAGGUGGGUCACCUACAAAGAGUUUGUUGUUCAAAGCUUAAAGCUUGUAAGGAGAACCUUCUUAUUAAUCACUUCUGGGAGUUAAAUUUAUAACAUCAGUUUUUAAGUACACACACAGUUAUUCUGAAACAUGCAUUUUGAUGAGGUUGAGAGGUUUGUUGAAUAAAGGUGUUUGGACACAGGAAUUCUAAUCACCUGGUUUUUCAGAUGGGGUUUGUAAAGAGUAUACCCAUUCUUCCAAAAUUGUGGAAAUUUAUGAAGUCCUGAAAAAAAAAUGAUUAAAAAUUGAGAUUGAAAGGGUUGAAAAAAGUGGGAAGAA